GAAAAUAAAGAUCGGAUUAAUUAACGAAAUCUGAACCAGUUUCCGGUGAGUUUGUCUGAGGUGGCAUAUGGAAGGCUCAUCUUUGUGGAUCUGAGACAAGUCUUGCCCAAAAUGGCUCAGAAAUCUUUGGAAGCGUUGCCAAUAGACAUUCAUUUUAACAAACUGCUGGACUGGCUGACAAACCGUCGUCACUGCACCCAGCAAUGUCAAGCUAUUCUGACGGGCAUCAGAGAGAAGCAGGUGAAGGCGAAGGAGCACACGGAGGAGGACGGCCACAUGACAGCCGAAGUGAAGGAACUGCUGUCUAUUCCCCAGCUGAAUUACUUUCAAGUGAAGCGACUGUUUGACCUGCUCAAAGUCACAGAGGCUGGCAAGAAAAAUCUCAUUGGGCAGUUUACCGUACAGUGCAUGAAGGACUGGUCAGAGAUUUUGAAACUCUAUGAGAAGGAUGGAACAUAUUUAGGAUUGCCUGAGGAAGGAGAAUGAGUACACUGCCAGUGCAGCUGAUCUCCGCAAACAGUAUACCAGUUCUUGUCAGCAGAUUGGUAUUGAGGGUGUGAAGAUCAAGACAGAGCUGGCUGGCCUUGUCAAAGAUCUACCCAAAGAGCUGAGCAAAUUUGCUGAGUCGGCGAGAUCUCUCAAUGAUGCUGUACAGUUUUAUGACAGUUUCACAAAGUUUGUCAUCAAUGACGAGAAAGUCUCAGAUUCUAACCUGCUCCUGUUGAAGCAUAUCCUGUCCCGAGGCAACACAACCACGUUUGAGUGGAAGACAGGACGUGUGCCGAGUCAUGUGGAGGACCAGGACAUCAGCAUUGAUCUGUCAGACGAACAGGAAGUAGGGGCUGGAGGUCCCGAAGAUAUAGACUGGGGUGGACAAGACGGAGCUGAAGCCAUCGAUUUUGGGGACUCGAUAGACUUUGACAUCGGCGACAUCACGGUAGAAAGUGGGGGAGUUUUGGCGGCCGAUGGAGAGGUGGUCCUGGAGAACCCUGACAUUGACGCAAUCGACUGGGGAGCGGUGGAUGAUGUCACCACCCCUGGGGCUGGUUCAUCGGCUGAGACAGGUUCUUCCGACACUGCCACAGGCAAGGACGCCCUCAGUAUUAUCGACAACCCCGAGACCAGGAAUGUUUUCAUUGACGACCUGCUCGAGCUCCAAGCCUUCCUCUCUCAACGGAGCAACGAGAUGUCUCAUGGCAACACAGAUGCCAACCAUCUGGCCUCUGCCCCCUCCGAGGUUCACAUCGAUGCUGACAAAGUCACGUCCAUGCUGACGCAGGUCAAGGACAUUCUAGAUCAGCUGACCUCUGUCCAGAUGCAACAUCUUAUGCUGAUCAGAGACUCCCCGAGGUAUGUUGACCGGCUGCGGGACUCGCUGCGACAGAAACUCAUCAUAGCCGACAAGAUGGCUUUGAGCGAGCGAGAGACGGUGGCCGUGAGACACGAGGCUGUGGAGGAAGAGGAGGGGCUGAAGCCACAGCUGGAUGCUCUGAGGAAACAGACCAAGGUGCUCAAGACACAGCUUGAAGCGGAGAUCUCGAAGAAGUAUAAUGACCGGAAAGUGAACAUCAUUGGUGAAAUCAACACUUUGUGAUGGCUGAGGUAUAACCAACAGCUAUCUUGGACCAUUGAACAUUGAAGUUCAAAUUGAAGCAUUUUGACGAGCAUUAUUUGUGUUCGGGGAGAAAAUAGAAGGCAAGACAGGCAGAAGUAGAUCAAGAACAACUUAUUCAGAGAACAUGGAGAAGUGAUCGGAAAAAACUCAGUCAAUAUAGAUAUUUGAGAGAGAGCAUUCAUGUAGAGAAAUGAGUGACAAACCAUGGUCACCGAUGUCUGUUUUACAUAUGACCCCAGAAGAAGAACAAAGGUUAUCUGCUUUGUUCUAGGUCUGAGGUGUGGUGUCUGUGCUGUAUGUUGGUUUGUUUGUUUGAGUAAAGAGAAGCACAUGGGCACAAUAAUGGUAAUUUAGUCCAGGGACAAGGUAAGUCAGAAACUACAGAGGGAGGGAAGUAAAGAAGUUUGUGGUGGUGGUGAAAUAUCUAUACAAUGGGGAGAACUGAUAGCUCCAUUGUGGGCUGAAUCCAGACUUUUUAUUUCAAGAGUGCCCUUUGAGGCGAGCAGAGGUUAGGUUCAAUUAUUUUCAGACUAAUGUCAGUUGUGUGGUGCACAUUUUUAAUUUCAUAAAAGUAAGCACAUGAAUAAGUAGGUCGUGAAGAAAUAUUUGCUUCCACGCCACUCCCAUACUCGGGUAGAUACAAAUGUCCUGUUAAAGCAUGGGGUACUAUUUUGGAAAGACUUGCUUUUAUUUCCUUUACAUACAGAAACUUUGAAUGCCCUUUAGUUUACCGGUAUAUGAUGUCGUUACAACUCGUCUUGUGAAUGAGUGCAGGUGUCGUGGAGAAUGAGUGAGUGUAUGUGAUAUUGGCGACUUGAUAUUGAAUUAAUUGAUGCCCAAAGCAAAGGAAACAAAAUGCCAACAGGAAGAUUUACCUGUUAACCCUGUAGAGUCAAACACAUUGCCUGAGCAUGCACUGAUGUUAACCUUCUACGCACAGAACAAUUAUGUGUAUAAAGAACGUGUGCUGAAGUAGCUAUGUUCCUGCCUUUCCAUUCCUUUCAUGGGAAUGAAGAGGUUCCAGAUGCUCAUCCUGUUGCACUCUUGAGUCUGUAAUAGCUGUGUUCAGUCGAAUGUCUUUUAUGUGAAAGAAGGAAAUAUGAGACGGAACCUACUGAAAAUUUUAAUUUUUCAGGAUUUGUCAGCGAUGUGUGAUUUUCUUUUGCGGUUAAGGGAAAGGGUAGUAAUGUUUCCUAUUGGAAAUUUCUAAUUUGUAUAUCUAAUUUCUAUCUUUCCACACAAAAGCUGUGGAUUUUAUUGCUGGUGCAUUCUCAAUGUUUUCCUGAAACUUCCCCCUCAACAAGGAUAGAUUUUUAGAAUGUGUUGUUUGUGUGUUCUUGAAAUGUCUGGUUCCUUAUGGCCCAAUGCAGCUGUUUCAGUUUCAGAACCAGUUAUGACUGGUGUCUGUGUUGUAACUGAUGGGCUCUUUGCUACUGCAGGCACAAGACAUGAGUUUUGACAAAAAGAAUUUUGUCUCAUGAAGAACAGGUUCAUUUUAAUCAGAAUCAAUAUUUCCUCAGCAGCUUCUGAGUUUUAAGUAAAGAGAAGCAUGUCGACAUAAUAAGGAUCAUUUUAUGCAGGCCAAAAAAGUAGGAAAGACAGACAAAAACAGCAGAUGGAAA